UAAUAAAUUUUACCCGGGACAGUCAAAAUACCGCUGAAGCAAAAUCACGAACAGCAUAAAUAUCUUAUUUUAACACGACAUUAUGCAGAGAACCACCCGUUUAAAACGUGAGCUGCAGAUGCUCAGUACUGAGCCUCCACCUGGAGUGUCCUGCUGGCAACUGGAGGAUAAAGUGGAAGAGCUUCAGGCCCAAAUUGUUGGAGGUGAUGAUACUCCAUAUCAAGGUGGGCUGUUCACACUGGAAAUAAAGAUUCCUGACAGGUAUCCAUUUGAGCCUCCCAAAAUGCGCUUCCUGACACCCAUCUACCACCCAAAUAUUGAUAACGCAGGCCGUAUUUGUCUAGAUGUCCUGAAGUUGCCACCCAAGGGAGCAUGGAGACCCUCUUUGAACAUCUCCACAGUGUUAAGUUCAGUGCAGCUUCUUAUGGCAGAACCAAACCCAGAUGAUCCUUUAAUGGCAGAUAUUUCAGCUGAAUUUAAAUACAACAAAGCUGUUUACUUGGAGAAGGCACAAAAAUGGACAGCAAAACAUGCCACACAAAAGAACAACGGUAAUGCGGAACAAGAACAGAAACUACCUGAUAAUAAAAGUAAUAAAACUGCACCAAAGCGUGAGGCACUUUCAGCACAGGAAAAUCUGGAUCAGACCAAAAGGCCAUGCAUGUAGUUAUAAACGGUCCCACUUUUUAUUAGCUUGUUGUCAUGUGAAUGUGUAUUGUUUUAUGUUAAUGUCAAUAUAAUUAAAAUUUUAUUUUAAAAUGA